CAUCGUACACACAAUGUAUUUCCUGCUUUCCCCAAGUCAGCCUCACAAACACACAGACCAACAGUCUUCAUUGCCGGAUGUGACGUUUUCCUGUAACGCCUGGUGUACGGAUGCUUCAGCUGUAAGACUUCAAACUACACUCCUGCUUCUUUUUAUAUUCUCUCGGGAAACUAAAGCUCAUCUUAACAGAUUCAUAUUGUUGCUUCUUUAGCGAUGAAAGCCUUUUGGAGGAGAUUCGUAUUGUUUAUUUUUCUCAUUGAUCUCUGGUUUACUAUUAUCUGUUCACAGGAAACCACUAAAACAUGUGCCGAGUUGAAGCUGGAUGAUGCUGCCCACGGUGUCAACAUCUUCCAAGUGACCGAGGGCAGUUACUUCAACAUCAGCUUCAAGCUGACGACAAACAAGUGUCAGGUCCAACCGGCCUGGUUCCGAGUCAAAGUGUCGACAACUCAAAAAAACCGACAUUUUCCUUUUUGCACUAUCAUCUUCCAUAACCAGAUAUGUAAUGUCACGGAUAACUCGCAAGGAUGUCACUGUUUCCACGACAACUUACAACCGAGAGCUUGGAUUUACAGGAAGGCUUCUCUGUCCGACAUGGUGCAAAUACUGGAAUGGACAGAUUCCAAAGUUUCUGGCACACAGAAGGAAGAGACUUUCAUCCUUAGCGUUUCACCAAAGCCAGAGACGGAAAGAAGAGUAACUCUACUGACUUUUGCAAUCGCAUCAGCGACUACCUUUCCCUUGCUCAUCUUCAUCGUUGUGACCAUUACCUGCAUCAUUAGACGUAGAGCUCAAGUUUCAGAUCAAAGGGCGAAGAAUGAAAGAGUCGCCACAAAAGAAGAAGACAUACAUCAUUAUAGUACGUUGAACCAUGCAGGUCAAGUCUGCGAAGCGAAGGUCAUCAACCACACAUCCUACACGGAAGCUGCUUCUUCCAGUCAGUCACACUGCUCCAGUUCUCUCGAAGCUACUUAUGAGCCUUUUGAGCAAAUCAACGAGUACAUGGAACCAGGUGUGCCUGUGAAGUCCUUACUAGCAGACCUAAAGGAAUUCUUCAAAAAUAAGUCCUGAAGUUCUUCGGAUUCCACAUCUCUGUGACGCCGACACCCAACUCAAGGGAAUACUUACAGAGUAAGGAACUGAUGUACAGAUGAUUCAUCGUCUGACAAAACAAAUAGCAAGAAGACCCGUUAACCAUGGAUGUUUAUAGGUGGACUGCUGUCUGUCUGCCGAGACCAACGCUUAGCCUCUUGCAAAGUUCUCCGCUGUUAGUCUCGGCGAGCCUAAACAAAGAAUGGGACUAAACCGGAAGCUUUGUACAAACCAGCCUCGUUUUAGUAGUUAACUGGAAAAAAUCGUCCAGUAAUACAAGAUUGUGCUUCAAGUCUGUGGACAUGAACUUUAGCCUUCCUGUCGAAGCUACUUAACAAUAUUCAUGAACAGGCGUGUUUGAUUGUAUUCACCCACCCACACGCACGCGCACACACACACAAACACAUACAAACUCACAUAUGUACAUAUACACAGUUUUUAUUGAAUACAGAUCGUCGUUUUGAAUUGUAGUGAAUAAAAUGUAGAUGCUUGUAUUUAUAUUACAUUAAAUGCAAUUCGUGUGGUGAAUCGUUUACUCAUUUCUUAGUUCCUCAUUUGCCGUCUGCGAGGGGUUAAACAAAAUGAUAAUAACAGAUAAUGCACCAAUUCAUUUUGAGACAGAAAUACACAGUUUCAAGUUGGUAAGAAAUGUCACAAGGAAGUCCGAGGGUGGAACAAAGUGCACAUGGAUUUGUCACACUAGAAGAAGACAUGUGCUCUUUUCUACACAAACCUAAAUAUUCAGACACAAGGAAAUGAAACUGUUGCUAUCUGUAAACAGUGAUGCGGAAUAAAUAAGUAAAACACUCAUAAACAAUGAAUCUAUUGUAUCUCUGUUUUUUUCUGAUUUCUCUGACUGUUAAAUUUUGUCGUGUUAGUCGUGCGAAGAUCUCUUUCAGAUGGAGAUAUGCUUCAACACUCGGCUGUGUUUUCUUUUAUUUCAUGCAUUAUUGGUCACUCAAACAGUCUCCAAAGAAUGUUCAGAAACAUGUAAGUGUUUGAAAAUGCCUUUGCUAGAAGUAUUAUAAUGAUUUGCAACUAACUGUAACAAGGGAUUAAUGAUUGUUUUAUUAAUAAUACUAAUAACAACAAUAGUAGGAUAUUAAUCGAGAUGGAACAUUUGUUCACCAAUAUGUUGACCAAACUGAAUAAUAAAUAAAAAACAUUCUUUUAAAAUUCUGUUCGAUAAAUUUACUUGUUUUGAAAUUAUGAACUCAGGUGUCAAGCUGGUGCUUGCCAAUAAAAAGCAUAAGGACAAUGUGGUUGAAGUAAACAAGGACAGUUACGUCAACAUAAGCUUUGUGUUAACAACAAAGAAGUGUCCCACCAAGCAGGACUGGCUCCGAGUGAAAAUCUUAAAACCUGGAGAAAGCCUUGGCACACCAAUAUGUACAUUUGUUUUUCAAAAAGGUACUUGCACUACGACAGAUUUGUCUUUGAUGUGCAACUGUUUGUCC